AUGGUGCUCCCUCGUCUCCUCCAAGAUGGCGAGCGUGGCAGAGGGGGGGUGUCAGUGCCUGCACUGUGGAGUGAACGGUAUGGCCAGAACGGCGACUUCACGCGCACUCUCAAGACCAUCAAUAAGAUACUACAGAUCAACAAAGAUGACGUAACUGCCCUGCAUUGUAAAGUGGUAUGCCUUAUCCAGAAUGCAAGUUUCAAGGAAGCUUUGAAUGUCAUCAAUACUCACACCAAAGUGUUAGCCAAUAACUCUCUCUCCUUUGAAAAGGCAUAUUGCGAGUACAGGCUGAACAGAAUUGAGAAUGCCUUGAAGACAAUCGAAAGUGCCAACCAGCAGACAGACAAACUGAAGGAGCUUUAUGGACAAGUGUUAUACCGUUUGGAACGCUAUGAUGAAUGCUUAGCAGUAUAUGGAGAUCUCGUCCGAAACUCCCAAGAUGAUUAUGAUGAAGAGAGGAAAACAAACCUUUCAGCAGUCCUUGCAGCUCAAAGCAAUUGGGAAAAAGUGGUUCCAGAGAACUUGGGCCUGCAAGAAGGCACACAUGAGCUGUGCUACAACACUGCAUGUGCACUGAUAGGCCAAGGCCAGCUGAACCAGGCCAUGAAAAUCCUACAAAACGAAGAUCUUUGCCGCCGAUCAUUAUCAGAAGACACUGAUGGGACUGAGAAAGACCCACAGGCAGAAUUGGCCAUCAUUCAUGGUCAGAUGGCUUAUAUUCUGCAGCUUCAGGGUCGAACAGAGGAGGCUUUGCAACUUUACAAUCAAAUAAUAAAACUAAAACCAACAGAUGUGGGAUUACUAGCUGUAAUUGCAAAUAACAUCAUUACCAUUAACAAGGACCAAAAUGUCUUUGACUCCAAGAAGAAAGUGAAAUUAACCAAUGUGGAAGGAGUAGAGUUUAAACUUUCCAAGAAACAACUACAAGCUAUAGAAUUUAACAAAGCUUUACUUGCUAUGUACACAAACCAGGCUGAACAAUGCCGCAAAAUAUCUGCCAGUUUACAGUCCCAAAGUCCCGAGCAUCUCUUACCUGUGUUAAUCCAAGCUGCCCAGCUCUGCCGUGAAAAGCAGCACACAAAAGCAAUAGAGCUGCUUCAGGUAAAAUAAUUACUUGAAUGAGGU